AAUAAUUGAUUGGCCCGGCAUACAUCACGGUCCACCUCAAUAAUAAACAGGAGAGAGAGAUAGAGAGAGAGAAAGAAAAGCCAAAGCAAAUUUGUUCGUGAGUCGUGACAGAAGCUUUGGUUCACAGUAACAGGAACAGGAACACGGAGAAGUGUCUGGAGGAAAAUGAUGAAGCUGCAUACGUAUGCUGGGCUUAGUUUAAUUGCAACUCUAGCUGUUAUUUAUCAUGCAUUUAACAGUAGAGGCCAGUUUUACCCGGCAAUGGUUUAUUUAUCGACCUCAAAGAUCAGCUUGGUGCUCCUUCUCAACAUGGGUUUGGUCAUUAUGUGCAUCUUGUGGCAAUUGACCAAACGGGUAUUCCUUGGUUCCCUCCGGGAAGCGGAGGUUGAGAGGCUAAAUGAGCAGUCGUGGAGGGAGGUAAUGGAAAUCCUAUUUGCGAUCACUAUAUUCCGGCAGGACUUUUCGGUUACUUUUCUGGCUAUGGUCACAGCGUUGUUGUUAAUCAAGGCUUUGCAUUGGUUGGCUCAGAAGAGGGUUGAGUACAUUGAGACCACUCCUUCAGUACCCAUGUUGUCUCAUAUUCGGAUUGUGUCUUUUUUGGGAUUCCUCCUUCUUCUUGAUAGUCUCUUUUUAUACAGCAAUAUUAAGUACUUGAUAGAGACAAGGCAUGCUUCAGUUUCGCUCUUCUUUUCAUUUGAGUACAUGAUACUGGCAACAACAACAGUGUCAACAUUUGUAAAGUACGUGUUCUAUGUUAGUGACAUGCUAAUGGAGGGACAAUGGGAAAAAAAGCCUGUGUACACAUUUUACUUGGAACUUAUCCGGGACUUGCUUCACUUGUCCAUGUAUCUGUGUUUCUUCCUUGUGAUUUUCAUGCACUAUGGUGUACCUUUGCACUUAAUAAGAGAGCUCUAUGAGACAUUUAGAAAUUUUAAGAUUCGUAUUGCGGAUUACAUUCGCUAUCGGAAGAUCACUUCAAACAUGAAUGAUCGAUUUCCAGAUGCAACACCUGAAGAACUUAAUGCAAGUGAUGCAACAUGCAUAAUUUGUCGUGAAGAGAUGACGACAGCCAAGAAACUUAUUUGUGGACAUCUGUUUCAUGUGCAUUGCCUCCGGUCAUGGUUAGAGCGACAGCAUACCUGUCCUACUUGCAGAGCCCUGGUUGUACCACCUGAAAAUGGGACAACUACAGCUGGAGGGCAUGGAUCACGGGCAGACGUUAAUCAGCAAGGGACAGCGAUGGGAAGUACAUCUGCUCAGGGUUCUGUUGGUAAUGGUCCGGUGGGUGAUAAUUUGAGCCAGCAUCAAGCCAGACUCCAAGCUGCUGCUGCAGCAGCUUCAAUAUAUGAGAAAUCUUAUGUUUAUCCUUCUGCAAAUUCGCUAGUAUGGUCCCCUGGAUAUGCUGUUCUUCCGCAGGUUCAAAAAACUUCAGCUGACUCUACUAACACAGAAUCCAGUGGACCAGCUUUCAUUGGACAACCACAACAACAGUUCGCAAUCCCUGGUGGACCUUCAAACUUGCCUUUUCCUCAAUCGCCGCACUGCAUUUUUGUUCCUUUCCAGACACCUGGAGCCAAUGUGAACUAUGGAGAUAGGUUUGGCAGCAAUCUUAAUAUACCAGACUCGCAGCUGGAAGCUCAGAAAAAAUUUCUUAGUAACCAAAUUGAGGUCAUGCAAAAUCAGCUCCGACUUCUACAGAAGCCAAAAGUCGAGGAAAACCUGGACAUUGGUCCCACAUCAUCAUCAGAUAGCAAAGGAAAAAAUGUUGCUGCAUCUACAUCUUCAUCUGUUUCAGACUGUGGACGUCAUGGGGAGACUGAAGUCGAUAAAUAACUUUGCAUUAGCAUUAGAUGUAUUAUAAAGAGACUGCGGAAUAUGGAUACAGGGAAAAGAAAAAGAUAGAGAUACGUUACAACGUUGCUUCUGUAAGAGCUGUUGAUGUGAGCAAUGUUUUCUAAGUCCCAUCAAUUAUUUUUUCCUUAAUCAAGCUGACUUUUAGGUUUUGAAUAUUAAGUGUCCUUAAAAAUGACCAAUUUGUGCAAGAAUAUUUUUUGCUUUGAUGUAAAAAUGUGCAUGUUUAGUGCUGACAAAUACAUAUAUUUCUUGAUCU